AUGCAAAAUUUAAUUCUUAAACAAAAUUUAAAGACACAAUUAUUAUUGAAAGAAUCAUUCGAUCAACAGGAUCAAUUUGUUUUUGAUGGUUAUUAUAGAGUGGCAUAUAUUGUUACUUCGAAUUUUUUCAUAUAUUCAUUUCAAUUAGACAAUGGACAGAUUAUUAAUCGUACGAAUUUUGGACAUUUACUUGAAAACAAUGGUGAUAAUGAUUGUCCGACGAUUAUAUAUUCCUGUUAUAUUGUUGAAGAUGAACUUUUAUUCAUACUAUUCACCAAUGGCCUUAUAAUCACCUAUGAUACUGUCAAUGAUUCUUUACACAACCACUCAUUGGAUAGUAUUGAUCAUAAUGAUGUGAUUGAUGAUGCACAAUUUAGCCAUGAUCAAGAAUUAUUGGUGAUCAAUACACAUAACAAUCUGAUGUUAUUAUACAAUAAACUAUUGGUAUUGAAACGUCGUUACGAUCUAAAUAUUGAUGAAUAUGGUGCCAAUGAAAUGAUCAACGUAAAUUGGGGCUCAAAAGCCACUCAAUUUCAUGGUCAAGGAAUGCGUGAUCAUCGUAUGGUGGUUGAACAACAAUCAAAAACAACAGUUCCACUGGCCGAAUGGGAUGAUCAUAAAUGUUUUAUUGAUUGGAAACAUGAUGAUGAUUAUUAUACAAUUAAUUUUUUAUCAUCAAAAGGAUAUCGUCUAUUGAAAAUAUUUAAUCGUGAUGGUAUUCUUCAACAUACCAGUGAAACGAUAUCGGGUUUAGAAAAAAUGAUUGCUUGGAAACCAUCCGGUACAUUGAUAGCAUCAUCACAAUUCAUGGCCAAUAAUACACGAGAAAUUGUAUUUUUCGAAAAAAAUGGUUUAAAACAUGGUCAAUUUAAAUUACCAUAUAAGGUGGAUGAAUUUCGAAUCGAUAAAAUCAUCUGGUCAUAUGAUUCAUCCAUAUUGUUGGUGUGUGGAUUUCGAACCAUCAAAUCAGCCGACAAUGAUCAUCAAAUACAGGAAAUUUUAUUUUUCACACAAAACAAUUAUCAUUGGUAUCUGAAACAAAAAAUUCAAUUCAAAGAAAAUCAUGAAUUCAUACGGAAAAUUCUUUGGGAUGGAAUUGAAUAUCUAAAGAUUCAUAUGAUUUCAGUUGAUUAUCAUUACCAUUGUUAUCAAUAUGAAUUGAUAAGGCAAACAACCGAGAACGGAAAUGUGCUAUUAAUUGAUGGUAAUCAACUUAAUGUUUCCGAUAUGAAUUCGACUGUUAUACCGCCACCAUUGUAUACGUAUUCAAUCAAAUUUACCGAUGCCAAAGUAAUCAAUCAACUUUGUUAUCAUAACCAUUUUUUGGCUGUCUUUUUCAAUGAUAACGAUGUUGUCAUCAUUCUGAAAUUGACUGAAGCUACAAUCGAAAAUAUUGAUCAUGUUGUCGGUGAUUAUCCAAUCACUUAUCAAUUUGAAAAUAUUUCCACUGAUUUUCGAAUGAUUUAUUUGCCCAUAUUCUGUGAUAAAAUCAUGGAUAUUGGCCAAUUUUUACUUCCAUUAAUCGAUGAUGAUGUUCGAAUAUUUGGUUGUAUUGAUCGUAGAAAAAUUUGCUGUUUUGAUUACAGCAGUGAUCACAAAGAGAUUCACAUCGAUCAUCAACUAGAAUUUGAUUGUAAUCACAUGUUAUUGAUGCCUGAUAAAAAAUCACUACUAUUGAUAAAUUCAAUGAAUCAAUUUUUUCAAUUUGAUUAUGACACUGGAAUUGUAUCGCCACUCGUACAGAAUGUUACUAUGAAUUCAUAUGAUGGACAGAUUUCAAAAAUUUUGCUUUUCACUGAUGAUGGAUUACAACAUAGUUUUAUUCUAACCAAAAACUAUUCAUUAUAUCACAAUGGAAUGCUUGUAAUGAAAUCGAAUGUAAAUUCCAUUCUUAUCCAUAACAAUGGUUAUCUACUAUUCACCACUAUUGAUCAUCAAUUUUAUUGUUGGCCAAUCAAAAAUUUCGAUCUACAACGUUUACAGCGAGAUUUUCCGGGCAGAAAUCUAGAACGAGAAAGUAAAUUGUUGACAAUAUCUGAAGCGAAUUCUCGGGUGAUAGUUGAAUUACCACGAGGAAAUUUGGAAGCAUUUUAUCCACGAUGUUUGCUAUUAGAUCUAGUGGAUAAACAUUUGGAUUCGAAAAGAUUUGUUGAAGCAUUCGAAAUUCUUCGAAAAAAUCGUAUCAAUUUAAAUUAUCUUUGUGAUUAUAAUUUUGAAAUGUUCAUGAAAAAUUGUGGCGAAUUUGUUGAACAACUUGGUGACGAUGAUCAUAUCGAUUGGUUAUGUUUAUUAAUGUUUGAUUUAUCAUCGGCUAAUCAUUAUCAUCUGUUGACCAAUCAUAAACCUGAAAUUCGAAUUGAAAAUAAAAUGAAUCGAAUUUGUAAUGAAUUUAUGGCUAUAUUCACACAAAUGGAUGAGAUUCGAUUUUUGAAACCAAUUCUAUUGUGUCAUGUGAAAAAAGAUUCAACUGAAAUUGAUCAAGCAUUGAUGAGAAUUUAUCGAUUAAAUGAUGGAAAUUUACAAUCAAUGGCGUUAAAAUUUCUAUUAUCAAUUGUUGAUUCUACACGUUUGAUUGAAGAAGCAUUAGGUACAUAUGAUUUUAAUAUUCUACUAAUGGUUGUAUCGAAAUCGAAUAAAGAUCCAAAAGAAUUUCAAAUGUUAAUCGAUGAUUUUCGUUCUAUCGAUGAUGAUAAUUAUCGUAAAUAUCGUAUCGAUCUUUAUCUUCAUCGUUAUCGUAAAUGUUUACAACAUUUACAAAAAUGUCCAGAUAAAUUACAAGAAGCAUUACAAUUGAUUGAAGAUAAACAUUUAUACAAUGAUGCCAUUGAAAUUUAUGGCCUAAAUCAAAUUCAACAACAAAACAUUGUUGUCAAUGGAUUCGAACAAAUAUGGAAUCUGUAUGGUGAUUAUCUAUUCAAAAAAUGUUAUUAUGAAGAAUCCGGUAUCGCAUAUGAUCGUGCAUCGAAUCAUUUGCAAGCAUAUAAAAUGUAUGUACAAUCCGGUAAUUGGCAUCAAGCUUGUGUUUGUGCACGAAAAGCAUAUCCACAUCAUCAUACAAUAGAUGAUGAUGAUGAUAAUGAUAGCAAUUAUCAACAAUUAUUACAUUCAUUACAACAAAAUUUAAUAAUGAAUGGUAAUCAUAAUGCUGCUGCUUAUAUUGUUGAUAAUUAUCUUAACAAUCAUGAAGAAGCAUUCAUCAUAUUGAUCAAAGGUCAUCUUUGGUAUGAUGCGAUUCGAUUACAUCAUAAAUAUCGAUUAAAUGAUUGUUUAUUGCAGAAAGAAUUCCUAGAUGAAAUGAUUGAUGCAUAUGAUCAUUUAAUGGAUAAUUUGACCAGCAAAAUUGAAAUAAUCCAAGAACAUUUAUUACGAUUAAAAGAAUUGAAAGAAAAUUCCAUAAAAUUGAAUAAAAUUACAUUUGAAAAUCAACGAUUCAUUGGAUCGGAACAUGAUAUUGAUCAAUAUUCGGAUACAAGUAGUAUACAUAGUGAUACAUCAUCAUUACAAUCAUAUCAAUCUGGUAUGACAAAUCAAACAUUAAAAACAAAUGUAAGUUUGGCACGAAAAGCUAAACGUAUGGAACAGAAACGAUAUUUGCUGAAAAAAGGUUCCAUAAAUGAAGAUAUACAAAUAAUAUAUGCGAUAAAAGAAUUGAUCAUACAAAAUUCACCACCAUUAUUUCAACAAGGCCAUGAUUUAAUACGAAUUCUUUAUGAUCGUUUUCGAGUGGAUCAAUCGAAAUUACAACAAUCAUUACAAUCAUUUGAAGAUUGUAUGAAUCAUGCUAUUGAAUUUAUAUGGAAAUCUACUGAUUAUAAUGAACGAUUACAAGAUGAUGAACUAUUACGAUCAAUAAUCCGGAUUCCUGAUCGACCAAAUUAUAAAUUAAUUUUGAAUCGAAUCGAAUGAAUGAAUUUCGUUUGAAUCAAAUAGCGUUACGAAUUAUUCAUUAAAAAUGUUUUGUUUGA